CUUCCUUCCACAGAGACACUGAUGGACUCCACAACGGCGACAGCAGAGCUGGGCUGGACGGUGCAUCCUCCCUCAGGGUGGGAAGAGGUGAGUGGCUACGAUGAGAACAUGAACACCAUCCGCACCUACCAGGUGUGCAACGUCUUUGAAUCCAGCCAGAACAACUGGCUCCGGACCAAGUACAUCCGGAGGCGAGGAGCGCACCGCAUCCACGUGGAGAUGAAAUUCUCUGUCCGGGACUGCAGCAGCAUCCCAAACGUCCCAGGCUCCUGUAAGGAGACUUUUAACCUGUACUAUUUCGAGUCGGACUUUGACUCGGCCACCAAGACUUUUCCUAACUGGAUGGAGAAUCCUUGGAUGAAGGUGGACACCAUUGCUGCCGAUGAGAGCUUCUCCCAGGUGGACUUAGGCGGGCGGGUGAUGAAGAUCAACACCGAGGUGCGCAGCUUCGGGCCCGUCUCCAAGAACGGUUUCUACCUGGCCUUCCAGGACUACGGGGGCUGCAUGUCCCUGAUCGCCGUCCGUGUCUUCUACCGCAAAUGUCCCCGCGUGAUCCAGAACGGGGCCGUCUUCCAGGAGACGUUGUCGGGGGCGGAGAGCACCUCGCUGGUGGCGGCCAGGGGGACGUGCAUUGCCAAUGCUGAGGAGGUGGACGUGCCCAUCAAGCUGUACUGCAACGGUGACGGCGAGUGGCUGGUGCCCAUCGGCCGCUGCAUGUGCCGGGCCGGCUACGAGUCGGUGGAGAACGGGACCGUCUGCAGAGGCUGCCCCUCAGGAACAUUCAAGGCCAGCCAGGGGGAUGAGGGCUGUGUCCACUGCCCCAUCAACAGCCGGACAACCUCGGAAGGGGCCACAAACUGCGUGUGCCGAAAUGGAUAUUACCGGGCAGACGCCGACCCCGUGGACAUGCCAUGCACCACCAUCCCAUCGGCUCCCCAGGCCGUGAUCUCCAGCGUGAACGAGACCUCUCUGAUGCUGGAGUGGAGCCCCCCGCGGGACUCGGGGGGCCGGGAGGACCUGGUGUACAACAUCAUCUGCAAGAGCUGCGGGGCGGGCCGCGGGGCCUGCACGCGCUGCGGGGACAACGUGCAGUUCGCCCCGCGCCAGCUGGGCCUCACCGAGCCCCGCAUCUACAUCAGCGACCUGCUGGCACACACCCAGUACACCUUCGAGAUCCAGGCCGUCAACGGCGUCACCGACCAGAGCCCCUUCUCCCCGCAGUUUGCCUCGGUGAACAUCACCACCAACCAGGCCGCCCCUUCUGCUGUGUCCAUCAUGCACCAGGUGAGCCGCACCGUGGACAGCAUCACCCUCUCCUGGUCCCAGCCCGACCAGCCCAAUGGAGUCAUCCUGGACUAUGAGCUGCAGUAUUACGAGAAGGAUCUGAGCGAGUUGAACUCGACCACAGUGAAGAGCCCCACCAACACCGCAGCAGUGCAGAACCUCAAGGCUGGCACCAUCUACGUGUUCCAGGUGCGGGCGCGCACCGUGGCCGGCUACGGCCGCUACAGUGGGAAGAUGUAUUUCCAAACCAUGACCGAAGCCGAGUACCAGACCAGCGUGCAGGAGAAGCUGCCGCUCAUCAUCGGCUCCUCGGCGGCUGGGCUGGUGUUCCUCAUCGCCGUGGUGGUCAUCGGCAUCGUGUGUAACAGAAGACGGGGAUUUGAGAGGGCUGACUCGGAGUACACAGACAAGCUGCAGCACUACACCAGCGGCCACAUGACUCCAGGGAUGAAGAUUUAUAUCGAUCCUUUCACCUAUGAAGAUCCCAAUGAGGCUGUCAGGGAAUUUGCAAAAGAAAUCGAUAUCUCUUGUGUCAAAAUCGAGCAGGUGAUUGGGGCAGGGGAGUUUGGCGAGGUGUGCAGCGGGCAUCUCAAGCUUCCAGGCAAAAGAGAGAUCUUUGUGGCCAUCAAGACCCUCAAAUCUGGCUACACAGAGAAGCAGAGGCGGGACUUCCUGAGUGAGGCCAGCAUCAUGGGGCAGUUUGACCACCCCAACGUCAUCCACCUGGAGGGGGUGGUCACCAAAAGCUCUCCAGUCAUGAUCAUCACUGAGUUCAUGGAGAACGGCUCACUGGACUCCUUCCUGCGGCAAAACGACGGGCAGUUCACGGUGAUCCAGCUGGUGGGGAUGCUGCGGGGCAUCGCCGCGGGCAUGAAGUACCUGGCGGACAUGAACUACGUGCACCGGGACCUGGCCGCCCGCAACAUCCUGGUCAACAGCAACCUGGUGUGCAAGGUGUCCGACUUCGGCCUCUCCCGCUUCCUGGAGGACGACACCUCCGACCCCACCUACACCAGCGCUCUGGGGGGGAAGAUCCCAAUCCGAUGGACGGCACCUGAGGCCAUUCAGUACCGAAAGUUCACCUCGGCCAGCGACGUGUGGAGCUAUGGAAUAGUCAUGUGGGAGGUGAUGUCCUACGGAGAGCGGCCCUACUGGGACAUGACCAACCAGGAUGUGAUAAAUGCCAUCGAGCAGGACUAUCGGCUGCCACCACCCAUGGACUGCCCAAAUGCCCUUCACCAGCUGAUGCUUGACUGUUGGCAGAAGGAUCGAAACCACAGGCCCAAAUUUGGGCAAAUUGUCAACACCUUGGAUAAAAUGAUCCGAAAUCCAAACAGCCUGAAAGCCAUGGCACCUCUCUCCUCUGGGAUGAACCUCCCCCUCCUUGACCGCACAAUCCCGGAUUACACCAGCUUCAACACUGUGGAUGAGUGGCUGGAUGCCAUCAAGAUGAGCCAGUACAAGGAGAGCUUUGCCAGUGCUGGUUUCACCACCUUUGAUGUAGUAUCUCAGAUGACUGUAGAGGACAUUCUGCGAGUUGGGGUCACUUUAGCAGGACACCAGAAGAAAAUCCUCAACAGUAUCCAGGGCUCCAAGACCAAUGGGAGUCUCCAAAGGAAGAGAAAAGAGCAGCUUCACGUUUCCUCUUGCACAAGGCUGCUGCAGCUGGACCCAGGCACCUCUGGAGCAGUGGGACUUCUCCAGGAAGAGGAAAGCAAGGAAAAGGCCACGAGAAGCAGAUCUCUUCCUCCCGUGGGCUCUGGGAACAGCGUGAGCCAGGCCCUUCCCCAGAGCCCCUGUCAGCAGAUCAAACGGGGAGAGCUGAAGCUCUUUGGUGCUGUGGAACCAAGUGCAUCUCAGAAACUGAUGGACUUCUUCAAAAGCUGAAGACUUUUUUUUUUUAAAAAAAACAAAACAAAACAAAAACACAACGAAUAAACUAAGACUAGAGGAGGCUGUUUCCGACAAACGAGAAGGAAUCUGUAAACGCCUUGGGGGGUGGGGAUGGGGAAAAGCAAUCCUUUUUACAUCUCUUAUUUUCUCUUGUCAUGGAACAGUUUUGUGAGUGACAGUUUCCUAAGGGUCCGUCCAUCCGCCCUCCAAUGGCAUCGUGUCUCAUACAUAUCAUUGCUCAAGACUUUUUAGUGAUAUCCUUUCUAGAUGCCAAUGAUCUUUUCCCAGAAGACUUCCCAAGUACAGUAUGUAGUAGUUUUUGAUUACAAAUGCUGACGUGUACCUUUAUUUUUCGGUUGUCAUUGUUGGGAGAUUUGUCCUUUUGCAUUGUUUUGUUAACACCAGUUUGUGAGUUCGGGGGUUGGAAAUUUUCGGUUGGUUGGGGGUUUGGUUUGGUUUUUUUUUUUUUAUAAUGAAAAAGAAAUGACAUCUCCAAGCAUCAUAUCAUCCAAGAACUUAAAUCCCUUCCCUGUGGAAGGAAAAAUUGCAGCUUAUUGACCAUAUGCCAGGAGAAAAAGGUUUUUUAUAUGCACA